GCUGAGCCGUGCUCUGCAUUAUGCGCUCGCGAAUCCGCUAUCCUCCCUCUGUUCAGUGUGUUGUUUACAGUUUUUCUUGCUCUGCAAAAAUAACCGGCGACUGGAAGCUGGCAACUUGCAUUGAUUGUAUUGGAUGUAGUGGAUCUGAGCGCUCCAAUACGCGCAUUGCCACGUCAAACUUUACUUGACAAACAUGGAUGUUUAUUUUGGCCUACAUUGUCUUUAUAGGGAGAUUUGCGCUUUGAUAGAUUGACCUGCUGAAACUUUCUUUUUGACAAUAAGAGGACCCCCCACAUUACUCAUUUUCUGCCAACUGGAUUACAUGAUUGUAUGAUAAUUUUUGAAGUUCAAGAUGCAGGUCCGAACGGUCCUUGAAGUGAAAGUUUUGGAUGUGCAGAAGAGGCGGAAUCCCUCUAAACAUUACGUGUACCUCAUCAAUGUCACAUACUCUGACUCCUCCUCUCAUGUCAUCUACAGGAGAUACAGCAAAUUCUUUGAUCUCCAGAUGCAGAUCCUGGACAAGUUCCCAGUGGAGGGAGGGCAGAAGGACCCCAAAAAGAGAAUAAUUCCCUUCUUACCAGGUAAACUCUUAUUUCGGCGAAGUCAAGUCAGAGACGUGGCUGUGAAAAGGUUGAAGCAUCUUAAUGACUACUGCAGAGCUGUGAUGAGGCUCCCUAACCAGAUCUCCCAGAGUGAGGAGGUGCUGAGGUUCUUUGAAACCAAGGCUGAGGACAUCAACCCUCCUAAAGAGGACUAUGGGGGAUCCACCAAACGCAAAUCAGGUUUGGAUGGUGCCGAUCCUAUGCUACUGGAGCAGUACAUGGUGGUGGCCAACUAUGAGAAGCAGGAGCCGGCGGAAAUCAGCCUGCAGGCCGGCAAACUGGUAGACGUCAUAGAUAAGAGCGAGAGUGGCUGGUGGUUUGUCAGUACAGCGGAGGAGCAGGGCUGGGUCCCUGCCACAUACCUGAAUACCCACAGCAACACACAAGAUGACCUGGAGCUGGGAGCCUCCAAGUCCAGGGAAGUCACUAAGCACCGUAAGGCCCAUCUGAAGAGGCUGGACCGGAGAUGGACCCUGGGGGGAAUGGUCAGCAGGCAGCAGAGCCGAGAAGAGAAGUAUAUGACGGUCCAGCCAUACACCAGCGAGGGAAAGGAUGAGAUCGCCUUUGAGAAAGGAGUCAUCGUGGAGGUCAUCCAAAAGAACCUGGAGGGCUGGUGGUUCAUCAGGUACCAGGAUAAGGAGGGCUGGGCCCCGGCCUCCUACCUGAAGAAGGUGAUGGAGGACUUCUCUCCCCGUAGUAGUAAUAAGAAGACCCCCUUGACUGGCCCGGUGGAGAUAAUCAGCAACAUCAUGGAGAUCAGCAACCUGCUGAACAAGAAGGCCCUGAGUGAGAAGGACGUGCAGACAGACGGCCAGCCAGAGGACAACCCCCUAACCACCCCUUCCCUGGUCAAGAGGCAGAUCAGCCUGCCCAUACCCUGCUCUAGCUCAGACUUCAGCCCUGGUGCCGCACUGGUGGAUGUUAAAGGCAAAGUAGAACCAGCCUCUCCAGUCAUAGCCCGCAUCGCUCCUCACAGAAUAGAGAUUGGCUCCCCAAUCCUCAGACAAAAGCCACCUCCUCGCAGAGAUGCAACUCUGGGAUUCAAUUUACCCUCGCCACCAGAGCCCCCUACUGUUGAAGCAGAGUACUACACCAUUGCAGAGUUCCAGUCCGUCAUUUCAGAUGGCAUCAGUUUUAAUGGAGGGCAGAAAGCAGAUGUGAUCGAGAAGAACUCUGGUGGCUGGUGGUAUAUCCAGAUUGGUGAGAAAGAGGGCUGGGCUCCCUGCUCCUACAUCGACAAACGAAAGAAGCCCAACCUAAACCGCAGGACCAGCACUCUGAGCCGGCCUAAAGUCCCGCCCCCAGCCCCGCCCGUCAAGAAGCAGGACUUUGUGGAGACUGUCCCUACCAGCAGUCCUGGUUCCGAGGCUCCAGAGUCCCCUGCAUCUCCCGGAAGGCCUGUGUACGAGGAGCCAGAAUAUGACAUUCCUGCCAUUGGUUUUGAUCUGGAGUCAGAGUUUGAGUUCCUCAGGACAGAAGGGUCCUCAGUGGAUGGGAAGAACGAGGAUAGCUCCUCAGAGAAGGGCUCUCACCUUUCCUCCAAGCCAUCUCCAGCCUCAUCUCUCCAUAGUGCCUCCUUCAAGAUGGGCGAGUCGUCUGAGGACGUGGGGCAGGAAGAGGAGGAGCCUGAGGGAGAGGAGUGUAUCUAUGAGAAUAACUGCUUCAUGCCUUUCAGAGAGAUGCCUUAUACACAAUCCAGUGGAGACUCAGACUCCCUGAAGAUUAGUGCCCCGUUGGAGACUAGCAAGGCUGAAAACUCUCACUCGAUGUUUGGGGCAAGGAGAAAAGGGAAGACGAUCCAGCUGAACGGCAGCCAGUCCCUGUCUCAAACCAAAGCAGAGGCCGGGGCAUCCAGCUCCAAACCUGCCUCUACAGAGUCCAACCCACAUCUCUCCAAGCAGUCCAGGCCCAAGAAGGACAACGAUGAGCACAAGAUGGGCUCCACCAAGUCCUCCACCAAACCUAAGCCAUUGGUCAGGCCUAAGCCCCAGCUGGCCAAGGCCUCCAGUGCAGAGAAAAUGGACAUUGGCAGCCUCCGGAGACAACUUAGGCCUACAGGCCAGCUGAAGAAGGGCUCCAGAGGAGAAGACUUUGAAACAGCCUCUGUCAUCUCCUCUGAGGACUCUGUGUCCUCCCACAGCACCUCCGACAUCUCCUCCAUCUAUUCUAAAGGCAGCCGGGGAGACUCAGACGAGGGCUGCAGUCUCUACCGCACCACAGAGGCCUAUGAGAAGGUCCAGGACUCAGAGAUGAGCUUCCCUCCCGGGGUGGAAGUGGAGGUGCUGGAGAAGCAGGAGAGCGGCUGGUGGUAUGUCCGCUUGGGCGACACUGAGGGCUGGGCUCCAACCUACUACCUGGAGCCUGUCAGGCAGCUGGACGACAAAGCUGGGUCAGAGUCCGAUGGCACCCCUACCAAACUGGGCAGCCUGAGCAAGUCCAACAGCCUGGAGAAGAAUGAGCAGAGGGUCCAGGCCCUGAACAACAUCAACCAGAGCCUAAAGAGGAGCAUACCGCCCAUCCCCUCCAAGCCCUUUGGCCUGUUCAAUGGCUCGCAGAAGAAUGUUAUGAAACAGCAGCAGGUGGUCAGGCCUCAGUCUGUCUUCAUCUCCAAGCCGAUCAUCGACGGGCCAAACCCAGUAGGCUCCCUUAGGAGGGGUGAGUCACUCAACUCCACUGACCAUCCACGCUCUAGUCCCACCGUGCGCCGCAAUGCUUCCUUUGGUACUACCCCGCGGUGCCCAGCGCCGAACGGUAACAUGGCAAACCGGAACAGACCCGGCAUGGGAAGCUCCGAAUCACUGGGCCGGGGGUCUCAGAGGAACGGUCUACCUAUUUCCACGGUGAAACCCAAAACCCACCUCAUCCACAACAACCUCCGUGAGGUGUAUGUCUCCAUAGCGGAUUACCAUGGUGAUGAGGAGACCAUGGGGUUCCCUGAAGGAACGACUCUGGAGGUUCUGGAGAGGAACCCUAAUGGGUGGUGGUACUGCCAGAUCCUGGAUGGAGGUCGACCUCGAAAAGGCUGGGUCCCCUCAAAUUACCUGGAAAGGAAGAGCUAGUGACACACUAAUAUUCAGUGGAUGUGCAAUCAGAUCAGAGACCAUGGAAGACAGUGUAAAUGGAAAGGCACUGAUUUUUUACGAUGGAAAGAUGGAAAUCAGAAGAGACAAUUUACAGUAUCAUUGAAGUGGUAUACUUUGUGUUUCCUAAACUGAGGGUGGCGACCAAUCCUGCAUAUAAUUACUUGACAUUUUAUUAUUGUAAUCUGAAGUGACAAAGAAAGUACUUCAAAGUAUAAUCAUUUGACAGGAUUUUAUCUAUUCACAGACAGCCGGGGGUUGGAAUAAAUACCUUUGGCAUUAAAAUCAGCAAAAGGUCAAUCACAUAUUUAACAAAAUCAUUAAACAAAAGUGGUUGAUUUGAUGAAAUGUGCUUUUUAAUCCAAAAUGGAAGAAUAGUGGGUUUUGGACACUAGUGGAGGAGCUUUGGACAGCUUUGGCUGAUCAAGGUGAGUUUUUGUGAUAUGAUAACAUUAAUUAAGGAUCUCCAAUUGGCUAAACAUUAUUCACUUCAAAUGAUAUUUGAUCAUACAAUUAUUUUAAUGUUUUUUUAUGAUUUCUUUAAAGGUCCAAUGCAGCCAUUUUUAUCUCAAUAUCAAAUAAUUUCUGGGUAAAAAUUAAGUAGCUUACUGUGAUUGUUUUCAAUUAAAAUAGUCAAAAAUAAACAAAAAUAGCUUCUUAGCAAAUAGCAAGUUCUUAUUGCAAAUAGCUAUUGGUUUAUUAACUAAUUUACUCAAAUAGCUUUUACUCUAAAAGGGCAUUAUCAUAAUUUUUUUCAAUUUCACAGUAUUAUUCCAACAUCAUAGUGUGUAAAUAUAUAUACAGUGCAUUUGCAAAGUAUUCAGACCCCUUCCCUUUUUCCACAUUUUGUUACGUUACAGCCUUAUUCUAAAAUGGAGGAAAUCCUCAGCAAUCUACACACUAUACCCCAUUACAACAAAGCAAAAACAGGUUUUUAGAACCUUAUUUACAUAAGUAUUCAGACACUUUGCUAUGAGACUCGAAAUUGGGCUCACAUGUAUCCUGUUUCCAUUGAUCAUCCUUGAGAUGUUUCUACAACUUGAUUGGAGUCCCUUGAUUGGAGAAACUUCCAGAAGGACAACCAUCUCUGCAGCACUCUACCAAUCAGGCUUUAUGGUAGAGUGGCCAGACGGAGGAAACCUGGCAGCAUCCCUACGGUGAAGCAUUGGGGUGGAAGCAUCAUACUGUGAGGUUGUUUUUCAGUGGCAGGGACUGGGGGACUAGUCAGGAUCGAGGGAAAGAUGAACGGAGCAAAGUACAGAGAGAUCCAAUUGGCUCAUUCAUCCCCCUCCUCUCCCCUGUAACUAUUCCCCAGGUCGUUGCUGCAAAUGAGAACGUGUUCUCAGUCAACUUACCUGGUAAAAUAACGGUAAAAUAAAAAAAUAAAUAAAAAUCCUUGAUGAAAACCUGCUCCAGAGUGCUCAGGAACUCAGACUGGGAUCAAGGUUCACCUUCCAACAGGACAACGACCCUAAGUACACAGCCAAGACAAUGCAGGAGUGGCUUCGGGACAAGUCUCUGAAUGUCCUUGAGUGGCCCAGCCAGAGCCCGGACUUGAACCCAAUCAAACAUCUCUGGAGAGACUUGAAAAUAGCUGUGUAGCAACGCUCCCCUUCCAACCUGACAGAGCUUAAGAGGAUCUGCAGAGAAGAAUGGAAGAAACUCCCCAAAUACAAGUGUACCAAGCUUGUAGCUUCAUACUGUAAUCCCUGCCAAAAGUUUUUCCACAAAGUACUGACUAAAGGGUCUGAAUACUUAUGGAAAUGUAAUAUUUCAGUUUUUUUUUUAUACAUUUGCAAAAAUAUCUUAACCUUUUUUUGCUUUGUCAUUAUGGGGUAUUAUUUGUAGAUUGAUGAGGAAAAAACUAUUUAAUACAUUUUAGAAUAAGGCUAUAAUGCAACGAAAUGUGGAAAAAGUCAAGGGGUCUGAAUACUUUCCGAAUGCACUGUAUAUAUAACACAGAAAAAUCUAGUUUUUGGCUGCGCUGGGCCUUUAAAGCUUUUUGCAUGUUUAAAAUGUUUUGUUUAAGUUAACAUUUAUCUUCAAAUGUUUUGUAUGUUGUAUUUAAAAGGUCUGUUGCUACACCUUCUCAUAUGUUAAAUGUCAUCUGCAGAAUGUCUUGUGCAUGUUUUUAAGUCACUUUGUUAUGAAGCUUAAUGUAUAUUUCAUGUUUAUGUUUCAUAUAGCUAUGUGUGUACGGCAUCUUGUUGUAGAGCUUUGUAAAUGUGUUCUAUCAGUGCAUUACAGCGUGUAAGUCAUUUGAAACCUCUUAAAGCUACAGUCUGAGAUUGGAAAAACAAAAAUAAAAUAAACUGUGUUCCAGCCACUUGUUUUGGGUGCAGCUGAGGGAUAGGGCUAGGACAAUUUUGGUUUAUGACAAAGACAGACAGCUGUAUUGAAGGCAUUUAUAAGAAUUGUCUUCCAGAAUCAAUGGGUAAAUAUGAAGAAUUUAAAUAACCAUUAAACAGCUUCCCAAGUUGCAGACUGUAGCUUUAAUGUAAAUCUUUGUCAAUGUUUCAUGAUUUUCUUGAUGACACUCUACAUAAUGUCUUAUACGUACAUUAUGUAUCAUUCACCACCUUGGAAGUGUAUUUCUGCUCUGGUCUUAUGACAAAAUAAGUCAGCCUACUGUAUAUUUGAAGGAGUGGUAAAUCAGCACUUUAGAAUCGUCUUCUUCUAGUAAGUACAUUUGAACUAACAUUUGAACUAAAAAAUACAAAUAAAUGAUGAGCUGCUUAUGCACUUCCAUUAUUCCAUUUAAUUUACCAGAGGAAGGAAUAUUUGACUUGAAUAUUGGAAUUGAGGCUUUGCAUUUGCUUUCAAAACCAAACCCCUGUGUCACGACUUCUGCCGAAGUCGGUGCCUCUCCUUGUCCGGGCGGUGUUCGGCGGUCGACUUCACCGGCCUUCUAGCCAUCAUCGAUCCAUUUUUCAUUUUCCAUUGGUUUUGUCUUGUCUUCCCACACACCUGUUGUCAAUCUUAUUCAUUACCUGUUGUGUAUUUAACCCUCUGUUUCCCCUCAUGUGUUUGUCAGAGAUUGUUUUAUGUUUAGUGUUGAUUCUUGGUGUAUAGGUGCGCGACGGGUCCUCGUACCCAUGUUUAUUUGAUGUAUGUAUAUUCUCGUGUUUGGAGCAUGUCAUGUGGACAUUUAUUAAAAGUCUCCAUUUAUACUUCG